UUUAUCUUUAUUUUAAUAUUUAUUACAUUUUUGUCUUUCGAAACGAUAUAAAUAUGCUUUAAACUAACGCGAUGGAAUUAAUGCCAUUUCGUAUAUUCGUUGCACAUCAAGAGGAUAAAAAGAAGAUUAUGAAAGUUACAAUUUUCUGUCUCGUAUUCAUAUUCAUCAUUGCAACAGUAUGUGCUAAACUUAGAGGGCCUUUUGAACCUGGCUGUAUUAUGCCUACAUUCGAUUGCAAGUCAAAUGAUGAUUGUUGUGGUGAUGGUUGCUGCUAUGAUCAAUUAUUCGGUCAUCAUGGCUUUUGUCGCCAAGUUAUUAAAAAAUUACGUUGGACCAAAAGAUGUCCGAAGAAUGGGCCGAUAACAUGGUCACCCUUGUACUAGAAAUCGAUUGACCACAAUUUGCAACAAUUGAAAAGUAACAAUUGGUUAAUCGUUUUUAAUCGUUGGCAAUUAGGCUCAAGUUUUGAUAAUAAAUUUCAAUAGUUUUCAAUCGUCUUAAAAGUUUACAAGUAUUGUUUUCAAUUGUUUUGAAUUGUAAGAGAGACUUAUAAAAAUAUUGUAUUGUAUUGUAUUGUAUUGUAUUGUAUUGUAUUGUGUUCUGUAUUGUGUUCUGUUAAUUAUUAUAUACACUUUUUUUUACACUUUCAAUGCUAAAAUUUAAAAUCAAAGAAAGAAAAAAAUAUUUGAGUGAAGAA